AUGUCUCACACUCAGUCAGCAGCAUGCUGCAAUACCCCUGCGGUGAUUAGUAAAGGCUACAAAGAACAAGGCGAAUUCAACACGAUUGAUGGACUGAGGACUUACACAACCGGACCAUCUUCCGCUAAGCAGGGCAUUCUGGUCGUCUACGACAUCUUCGGCUUCUUUCCACAAACUCUUCAAGGAGCCGACAUAAUUGCACACGCCCACAAUGAACACCAAUUCCGGGUCUUCAUGCCGGAUUUCUUCGAGGGCAAACCUGCCGACAUCUCGUGGUAUCCCCCGGACAAUGAGGAGAAGGGAAAGAAAUUGGGCGAGUUCUUCCAAACUUCGGCGGCUCCACCAAAGACCGUCGAGAGGAUCAAGAGUGUCAUGAGUGAGUUGAAGUCCAGCAACCCCGGCAUCCAGGACUGGGGUAUUGUUGGGUACUGCUGGGGCGGGAAGAUUGUCAACCUGGUGUCCGCGUCAGGCACUCUUUUCAAGGCCGCUGCAACAUGCCACCCAGCCAUGAUUGACCCGAACGAUGCGGCCAAUGUCACAAUCCCAAUGCUCAUGAUUCCAUCCGGCGAGGAAGAAAAGGAUGCUGUUGAAAAGUAUGAGGCAAAUUUGAAGGUACCCAAGAAGGUGGAAUGGUACCAAGAUCAGGUUCACGGCUUCAUGGCUGCUAGAAGUAAUCUAGAGGAUGAGAAGGUCAAGGCUGCCUACGAAAAGGCCUACCAGACCUUGCUCACUUGGUUCCAUAACAACAUGUAG